CUGCGCCUGCGCCGCGAGCGUGGCCGCGUCCUGCGCAUGCGUGCCUCAGGCGGCCCCGGGUACCCAGGACCUCGAAGAUGGCGGCUUCCGCGGUGUGCAGGGCUGCCGGCGCCGGGACGCGAGUGCUGCUGCGCGCCCGCCGCUCGCCGGCCGUGCUGAGGGCACCUGCCCUGCGCGGCGCCGCCACCCUCGCCCAGGUCCUGCAGAGCUUGCCGGAGACGCAGGUCAGCGUGCUGGACAACGGGCUCCGAGUGGCGUCCGAGCAGACCUCGCAGCCCACCUGCACGGUGGGAGUAUGGAUUGACGUUGGCAGCCGUUGCGAGACCGAAAAGGAGAAUGGAGCUGGCUACUUUGUGGAACAUCUGGCAUUCAAGGGAACAAAGAAUCGACCUGGCAAUGCCUUGGAAAAGGAGGUAGAAAGCAUGGGGGCCCAUCUGAACGCCUACAGCACCCGGGAGCACACAGCAUACUAUAUCAAGGCGCUCUCCCAGGAUCUGCCAAAAGCCGUGGAGCUGCUGGCAGACAUCGUUCAGAACUGCAGUCUGGAAGACUCCCAAAUUGAGAAGGAGCGUGACGUGAUCUUGAGGGAGCUGCAGGAGAAUGAUGCAUCUAUGCAGAAUGUGGUCUUUGACUACCUGCAUGCCACUGCCUUCCAGGGCACGCCUCUUGCCCAGCCUGUGGAAGGGCCGAGUGAGAACGUCAGGAAGCUGUCUCGUGCUGACCUGACCGAGUACAUCGGCAGACACUACAAGGCCCCUCGCAUGGUGCUGGCGGCGGCUGGAGGAGUGGAGCAUCGGCAGCUUCUGGACCUGGCCCAGAAGCACUUCAGCAGCGUCUCUGGGACAUAUGCAGAGGACGCUGUCCCCGCCGUGACUCCAUGCCGCUUCACGGGUAGCGAGAUCCGCCACCGGGAUGAUGCCCUGCCCUUUGCCCAUAUAGCCAUUGCAGUGGAGGGUCCUGGCUGGGCCAAUCCUGAUAACGUGACUCUCCAAGUGGCCAAUGCCAUCAUUGGCCACUACGACUGCACCUAUGGGGGUGGCAAGCACCUGUCCAGCCCACUGGCUUCAGUGUCUGUGGCCAACAAGCUCUGCCAGAGUUUCCAGACCUUCAACAUCUGCUACGCAGACACCGGCUUGCUGGGCGCGCACUUUGUCUGCGAUGGGAUGAGCAUUGACGACAUGAUGUUCUUCCUGCAAGGCCAGUGGAUGCGUCUUUGCACCAGUGCCACAGAGAGUGAGGUGGUCCGGGGCAAGAACAUCCUCAGAAACGCCCUGGUGUCUCAGCUGGAUGGCACAACUCCCGUGUGCGAGGACAUCGGACGCAGUAUCCUGACCUAUGGCCGCCGCAUCCCUCUGGCCGAGUGGGAAAGCCGGAUUGCGGAAGUGGAUGCAAGUAUGAUCCGAGAGGUCUGCUCCAAAUACUUCUACGACCAGUGUCCUGCAGUAGCGGGCUACGGCCCCAUUGAGCAGCUCCCAGACUACAACCGGAUCCGCAGUGGCAUGUUCUGGCUCCGCUUCUAGGCAGGAAGCCUCUGCAGACAAGAAGGAGGCCCAGGUUCACUCACUCCCCCCCCCCAAAAAAAAAAAUGAAAA